AUGCCUUCCUGUCCAGUGCCUUACUUUGCACUGCAGAUGGUAGCGGGUUUUACCAAGUCUCUGCUUUACCCCAUGUGGCUACUUGCCUAUCAAGCAAUGACUUAUCGGCUACUGCCGAUGCAGGACAAUACAAUCAAUCAGCCAGCAAUCAUGAGUGGAGCUAAUAAAGUCAAUACCUUAGUGGGUGCCACCACCCGUUACAUUGCUGGACGCAAUGCCACACAAACAUCCUACUGGCGUACCUCAACCGAUGGUUCCGGCCGUUUGGUAAAAUACAAUAAAACCUGUGAAUUUGAUCCUGCCCAGAAAAUGCCUUCCAAUCUGCGCAACAAACAAUAUUACGAUCAAAAAUUCCAAUGGACCAAACCUGAAGUUUAGCACCAGCC